UGAGCAGCCGCUGCGAUGGGAGCGCAUGUGACCACCGUUGCGCCGCGUGGCGCGGCGCCACGCUCGACAGUAUAUUCCGCGCGCCGGAUUUCACCCGUUUCGUCUCUCUGUUUCCGCGAUCUCACCUCGCUCGCGCGCUCCCGCCACACAACCUAUCCUAUUGGACAGUCGUCCCGCUUCGUCGGAAGCCGCCGGCCAAGGCUCCGGUCGAUCAGGUGUAGGAGGCUAAGGAUGCCGUCAGUUUCCAAGGCCAUCUGCCUGCAGAGGCCGGGCUCGAAUGGCAGGAGGAGCAGGGACGCGGCCUCCGGUCGCCGAUCGGUCGCCGCGCCAAGAGCCAGGCACGCCAAACUGAGCGUGAUUCGAUCGGGAUCCGGCUCGGUACAACGGGGACAGCAUUGCUCGCCCGCCAAGGCAGUCGCCGACGCCGCGCCGCCGAUACCGACGACGAAAAAGAGGGUGUUCCACUUCGGCAAGGGCAAGAGCGAGGGCAACAAGGCCAUGAAGGAGCUGCUGGGCGGGAAGGGCGCGAACCUGGCGGAGAUGGCGAGCAUCGGGCUCUCGGUGCCGCCGGGGUUCACCGUGUCGACGGAGGCGUGCCAGCAGUACCAGGCGGCGGGGAGGACACUGCCGGCGGGGCUUUGGGGCGAGACCCUGGACGGCCUGCAGUGGGUGGAGGAGUACAUGGGCGCGCGCCUCGGCGACCCGCAGCGGCCGCUCCUCCUCUCCGUCCGCUCCGGCGCUGCGGUGUCGAUGCCGGGGAUGAUGGACACGGUGCUCAACCUGGGUCUGAACGACGAGGUGGCGGCGGGGCUGGCGGCCAAGAGCGGCGACCGCUUCGCCUACGACUCCUACCGCCGGUUCCUCGACAUGUUCGGCAACGUCGUUAUGGACAUUCCCCAUGCACUGUUCGAUGAGAAGCUUGAAGCCAUGAAGGCAGCCAAGGGAGUGAAGAAUGACACUGACCUGUCUGCGACUGACCUCAAAGAGCUAGUGGGUCAGUACAAGGAUGUGUACGUCGAAGCUAAAGGGGAACAGUUUCCCUCAGAUCCGAGGAAGCAACUUGAGUUAGCGGUGUUGGCUGUGUUUGACUCGUGGGACAGCUCGAGAGCAAAGAAGUACAGAAGCAUUAACCAGAUCACUGGUCUGAAAGGCACUGCUGUAAACGUGCAGUGCAUGGUGUUUGGCAACAUGGGGAACACUUCUGGUACUGGUGUGCUCUUCACGAGGAAUCCUAGCACUGGAGAGAAGAAGCUUUAUGGCGAGUUCCUUGUGAAUGCGCAGGGUGAGGAUGUGGUUGCCGGAAUCAGAACCCCGGAAGAUCUUGAUGCCAUGAGGGACCACAUGCCGGAGGCUUAUGAUGAGCUUGUUGAGAACUGCAAAAUCCUGGAGAGCCACUACAAAGACAUGAUGGAUAUUGAAUUUACUGUUCAGGAAAACAGACUGUGGAUGUUACAGUGCAGAACAGGAAAACGUACAGGCAAAGGCGCUGUAAAGAUUGCUGUGGAGAUGGUUAAUGAGGGUCUUGUUGAGCGCCGUGCAGCAAUUAAGAUGGUAGAACCAGGCCACCUGGACCAGCUUCUCCAUCCUCAGUUCGAGAACCCAUCAGUGUACAAAGAUAGAGUUAUUGCCACGGGCUUACCAGCAUCACCUGGGGCUGCUGUUGGUCAAAUUGUAUUUACUGCUGAGGAUGCUGAAGCAUGGCAUGCCCAAGGGAAAUCUGCUAUUCUGGUGAGAACAGAGACCAGCCCAGAGGACGUUGGUGGCAUGCAUGCAGCUGUUGGAAUUCUUACAGCAAGAGGUGGUAUGACCUCUCAUGCUGCUGUUGUAGCACGUGGGUGGGGAAAAUGUUGUGUCUCAGGAUGCUCAGGCAUCCGCGUAAAUGAUACCGAGAAGGUAGUAGUGAUCGGAGACAAUGUGCUGCAUGAAGGUGAGUGGCUAUCACUGAAUGGAUCAACUGGUGAAGUGAUCCUUGGCAAGCAGGCACUUUCCCCGCCAGCCCUUAGUGGUGAUUUGGGAACUUUCAUGUCCUGGGUGGAUGAAGCUAGGCAGCUGAAGGUUAUGGCUAACGCAGAUACCCCUGAGGACGCGUUGGCAGCACGAAACAAUGGGGCAGAAGGAAUUGGACUAUGCCGAACGGAACACAUGUUCUUUGCUUCAGAUGAGAGGAUUAAGGCCGUGAGGCAGAUGAUUAUGGCUCCCACUGUUGAACUGAGGCAGAAGGCACUAGAUCGUCUUUUGCCUUAUCAGAGGUCUGACUUUGAAGGCAUAUUCCGUGCUAUGGAUGGGCUUCCAGUAACUAUUCGACUCCUGGACCCUCCACUUCAUGAGUUCCUUCCAGAAGGAAAUAUCGAGGAUAUUGUGCGCGAGUUAUGUUCUGAAACUGGAUCCAAUCAGGAGGAUGCCCUUGCAAGAAUUGAAAAGCUUUCAGAAGUAAAUCCAAUGCUUGGUUUCCGUGGAUGCAGGCUUGGUAUAUCGUAUCCUGAGUUAACAGAAAUGCAAGCCCGUGCCAUCUUUGAAGCUGCUAUAGCGAUGACCAACCAGGGUGUUCAAGUGCUUCCAGAGAUAAUGGUUCCUCUUGUUGGAACACCUCAGGAAUUGGGGCAUCAAGUGACUCUUAUCCGUCAAAUUGCUAACAAAAUUUUCACCGAUAUGGGAAAAACCAUUGGCUACAAAGUUGGAACUAUGAUUGAAAUUCCCAGGGCAGCUUUAGUGGCUGAUGAGAUAGCAGAGCAGGCUGAAUUCUUCUCUUUUGGAACGAACGACCUCACACAGAUGACGUUUGGUUACAGCAGGGAUGAUGUGGGAAAGUUUCUCCCCAUCUAUCUGGCUCAGGGUAUCCUCCAACAUGACCCCUUUGAGGUGCUUGAUCAGAGAGGAGUGGGCGAGCUGAUUAAGCUUGCUACAGAGAGGGGCCGCAAAGCUAGGCCUAACUUGAAGGUGGGCAUCUGUGGUGAACAUGGUGGAGAGCCUUCAUCAGUUGCUUUCUUCGCAAAGACCGGGCUGGAUUAUGUUUCUUGCUCCCCGUUCAGGGUUCCGAUUGCUAGGCUAGCUGCAGCUCAGGUGGUCGUCUGAGGGCGCCUCCUCAUCGGCAACCGGAUCGCUUGCUGUUGGUGCAUCUGGUGAAGAAUAAUAAUACGGAGCCGUGGACCGGUGGAAACUCUGCUGCCUGACAAAGGCUGUUGUAUGUAGUUUGCGUGUGCGCAUGUAAGCCUUAAUGGGUGGUUUUCUGUAUUUCCCUUGAACUGCCAUGGUAAUGUAGUACCAAACAGCGAUGAUGACGAAGAGGAAUCGAAUAAAGUGACGAUUACCUGUGCUGUUAAUUGAA